AUGCAAAGAAAUUCUAAAGAAGAUAUUGAACUAAAAGAAAAGAAGAAAGCUGAACGAGUUAAGACCCGUGUUGAAAUCUCUGACUUAGUAAAUGAAAAGACAGGAAUUCCACACCUCCAAAAUUUAUUAAAAGAUUUUUUACUACACCAAAACGAAGAUUAUCUUCAGAAUAUUAGUCGAUUACUUGAAAUAUAUAAAACUUGGGGAAAGAAUGUACGUCCUGGUAUUAGUUUUGAACAAUUUGUUGCACAACUAUAUAAACUAGGUAAAAAUGAAAUUAUGUGUGACUGGCUUAGAAAUGAAGAAAAUAAAGGUCGUACCGAAGAGGAAGAAUUUCAGCCAUACCAAUAUAUGGAAAAUCAAACAGAAAAUAUCGAACAAUACUUUAAUUCAGAUAAUCAAUCAAUAGAAGAAGGAGAAGAGUAUUUUUAA